AUGGCUAUGGACUUGAAGCUUAUAGCAGCAAGAUUACGCAACUGCGGGAAGUUGCAAGCUUUUAAGCGUGGGGAAUCAAUUCAAGCUCAUCUAAUCAAACAAGGAAUCUCCAAAAACGUGUUUCUCGCAAACAACGUGAUCUCAAUGUACUUGGAUUUGAGGUCGUUGUGUGAUGCACACAAAGUGUUCGACGAAAUGACUGAGAGAAACAUCGUCACUUGGACAACGAUGGUUUCAGGGUAUACAAGCGAUGGAAACCCAAACAAGGCCAUUUCUCUGUACAGAAGCAUGUUAGAUUCCAGAGAAGAAGCGCCUAACGAGUUCAUGUACUCGGCGGUUUUGAAAGCUUGUGGGUUAGCUGGUGAUCUUCAGCUAGGUCGUUUGAUCCAUGAGAGAAUCGGUGAAGAGAAUCUGAAAGGUGAUGUUGUGUUGAUGAAUGCUGUUUUGGAUAUGUACGUUAAGAAUGGGAGAGUUUGUGAAGCUGAUAAAGCCUUCUCGGAGAUAUCACAGCCUAAUUCGACUUCGUGGAACACUCUCAUUUCCGGUUAUUGUAAAGCGGGUUUGGUUGAUGAAGCGGUUGGUUUGUUUAACCGGAUUCCUCAGCCGAACGGCGUAUCUUGGAACUGUUUGAUCUCGGGGUUUGUUGAUAAAGGUAGUCCUCGUGCUCUGGAGUUUUUGAUUAAGAUGCAUAGAGAAGGGAUAGUGCUUGACGGGUUUGCUUUGCCAUGUGGCCUUAAAGCUUGUAGCUUUUGUGGAUUGUUAACAAUGGGGAAACAGCUGCAUUGCUGUGUGGUUAAGUUGGGUUUGGAGUCUAGCUCGUUCGCAAUCUCUGCUCUUAUUGACAUGUACUCCAACUGUGGUUGUUUGAGUGACGCAGCUGAUGUUUUUCAUCAGGAGAAGGUUGCGGUUUAUAGUAGUGUCGCUGUUUGGAACUCUAUGCUCUCUGGAUAUUUAGUAAACGAGAAGAGUGAAGCGGCGUUAGGGCUGCUGUUGCGGAUGUAUCAGUCAGGUUUGUGUCUUGACUCGUAUAGUUUAAGUGGUGCGUUAAAGAUAUGCAACAACUUGGUCAGUUUGAGACUAGGGCUUCAGGUGCAUGGUUUAGCUGUGAUCAGUGGUUAUGAGCUGGAUUACAUUGUAGGAAGCGUUCUUGUUGAUCUACACGCAAACGUUGGGAACAUACAAGAUGCGAAUAGACUGUUUCAUAUGCUUCCAAAUAAAGAUAUCGUCGCUUUCGCUGGUUUGAUAAGAGGCUGUGUGAAAGCAGGUUUCAGUUCUUUAGCAUUUGAUCUGUUCAGGGAAUUGAUCAAGUUAGGGUUUGACGCGGACCAGUUCGUCAUCUCGAGUGUUCUCAAAGUGUGUUCGAGUUUAGCGUCUCUUGGAUGGGGAAAGCAGAUUCAUGGCUUGUGUGUGAAGAAAGGUUACGAAUCAGAGACAGUCACAGCGACGGGACUGACAGAUAUGUAUGUAAAAUGUGGUGAGAUAGAGAAUGGUAUAGUGUUGUUUGAUGCUAUGUUGGAGAGAGAUGUUGUUUCUUGGACAGGGAUCAUUGUUGGUUGUGGACAGAACGGACGAGGUGAAGAAGCGAUUCGGUAUUUCCGGGAGAUGAUCGGUUCGGGAGUUGAACCGAACGAAGUAACUUUCUUCGGGGUUUUAACCGCUUGUCGACAUUCCGGACUUGUUGAAGAAGGAAGAAGCUUUCUCGAAUCGAUGAGGUGUGAGUAUGGUCUUGAGCCGUGUGUAGAGCAUUACUAUUGCGUAGUUGAUCUUCUUGGUCAAGCAGGGAGGUUCCAAGAAGCGGAAGAGUUGAUAAAGGAAAUGCCGAUGGAGGCAGAUAAAACGAUAUGGAUGUCAUUGCUCACUGCUUGUGGGACUCACAAGAACGAUGGACUUGUUAGUGUGGCUGCUGAGAGAUUGCUUAAGGCUUUCCCGGAAGAUCCAUCGGUUUAUACAUGUGUUUCGAAUGUUUAUGCAAUGAUGGGUAUGUGGGAUCGGUUGAGUGAAGUGAGAGAAGCUGCUAAGAAGUUUGGAGCUAAAGAAUCUGGAUUGAGCUGGGUCGAGAUUGGCGGAAGCCAAGUGUGA